AUGCCUCGCGGAGGUCGAAUCCAUCCUCGCGAGCCUUACUUUUCCCCUGCCCGCCAACGUCGAGGCGGCGUCAUCUGCUUCGAGUCCUUCGACCAGGUGUUCAAGUUCGCCUCGUCCUCCUCGCCCAUGGUUAUCACAGGAGGCGCCAUGUACGCGGACAUCAGUCCACUGCAGGGGCUCGGCCUGCCGUUCAGCGACUUCAGGGGCAGCGCUCACGAGCUGUCUGAGGCCGCGCGCAAGUUCUGCAGGGGGACGGUCGGCUCCAGCCCGUCUGUGCCCGUCGUCAGAGUUGCAGAGGCUGACGAGAAGCUCAACGGCCUGAAAUGCGACUUGUGCAAAACGCUUGCGCUCACGGCUUCGCUUCUGGCGCACAUGGAAAAAGGCGAGCACCGCCCUCUUCCAUCUCGUGGGAGAAAGCAUCAGCAGGCCAGACGGCAAACCGCUCGUGGAACUUGGCUGGCAUGUGGGCGCCAUCCUCCAACAAGUCUUGUUCACCGAGAGGUGGGCUCACGCUGCCUAUGA